GCUCAAAUGAACGUGCCGAUUUGAUACUCUUGCCUCUUCGAUGCGAUUUCUGAAACAAGUGUCCUGCUCAUUUUUCUGAUCUGUGUAAUCCAUAUUUGGUUACCCUUGGUGGGCUUUUCCAAACCAGAAGUCGGAAUAUUUGCAUGACUGAAAUCUUGGUUCUUUGCUGAAAUCGGGCCAUCUUUGCCUUCUCCCCACUUUCUUCGUGGGGCCUCAGGAAUGCUCCCCAAGCCGUCUACACCGAGCUGACUCCCCAGGCGUCUCUCUCUCCCUCCCUGUUUCCUACUACUGGGGAGUGAACCCAGGUUGCUUUACCAGCUGAGCAACAUGCCCCCCAGUACUAGGUCUCACUGGGUCACUGAGGCUAGCCUAACAGGUGCAGUAGAGAGGCACGUGCCGCUGCUGACUGCAAACAUAAUUCCAGUUGGUAUCAAAUGAAAAUACACGUUUCUGUGUCCCCUAAACCACCUCCCGCGUCCCUGUUUUCUAGAUGCCUCGCCCUCUCCUAGGUGGAGUCCUGGUGAAGCCAGCGUCAGUGUGAACAGGCAGGCAGUGUGAACAGGCAGGCAGUGUGAACAGGCGAGUCGGGUGGAUCCACCGAGGAGGCCCAUCUGAGUGGGGGAAGUCGGAGACCCUCGACGGGGUUCCCCGGAGCCGCUCCCCUGCGGCGGGACACCCAGGUCGCUCCCUAACGGCCCGACACUGGGCGGCUCCAGCACUCUCCCAGCUCGGGGCCAGCACGGUCGCACAGGCCUCGGAAGCGUUCGCGUCAGAAACGUGACUGAGGCGCCCUAAAGCCGUUUGAAGUUCCCGCCGGCCGCCGUGGCCCCGGGGGGCGGAAGUGGCGCCUUCGGGAAAGCGCCGGCCAGACCUUCCAGGUUUGGGCUGCGUGUCGUCGUGGAGAAGAGCUGCCCACAGCCGUGCUUGCCUUGUGUGAGCUCGAGCCUCUGACACUCUCCAUUCCCCGCCAGGGCCUAAGCGCUCUGCCUGGAGACGGUCGCAGCGGCGCCAGCGGGUCCCGGAAGCUGUACGGAAGGUGUCCAGAGAUGGCGGGGCCCAGGGCAACCUGGCGGCUGCGGCGCGGGCCCUGACGUCACAGGAAAGAGCCGGAAGCUCGCGGUCCGCGGUCGGUUCUCCAUGGAAACGCCGCGGCCGCUGGUCCUGGUCAUUUCCAGGCGGAACGGAAGCGCAGGAAGUUCGGGGAAGCCCCGCCGCAGGACGGAAGGGAGCAGGCAUCCCGGACCCGACACCCUUCCUAGGACGGGACCGCUCACCAGGACCUCCAGGCCCACGCGGAAGUUACCACUUACCCCACCGAAGAAAAUGAGCAGCGUUGAGGAGUUGCUGACACUGGAGGAUGUGGCUGUGGCAUUCACUCGGGAGGAGUGGCAGCUCCUGGGCCCUGGGCAGAAGGACCUGUACCGGGACGUGAUGUUGGAGAACUACAGCAAUCUGGUGUCAGUGGGGUAUCCAGUCAGCAAGCCAGAUGCUCUUUCCAAGUUGGAACAAGGGGAAGAACCUUGGACAGAAGAUGAAAUGCACACUUGGAUCUGUCCAGAAAAUGACAAAGUUGAUCAUCUUCAGGGUCACUCAGAAAAUCAAAGAAUGCUGAAGAUUAUAAAAAAAUAUGAACUUCAAAGCAAAAGUCAUUUUCCUUUCAAAGAAAAUCAUAAUAGGACUGAGGUAUAUAUAAGGAAUUUGAAGUCAAAUUUAAGUUUAGUCAACCAAAACAAAAACUAUGGCAUUAAGAACUCUACCAAGUUUAAGGGAAAUGUGAAAUCAUUUCUGAAAGAGACGUAUGAGGAAUUCCAUUCAGCAGUUAAGUUACCUGUAAGCAGAAAACCCAUUGGUGAUAAGUCCCAAGUCAUUAAGCAUCAGAGAAUCCAUGAAAUAGAGAAAACCCAUGUGUGCAGUGAAUGUGGGAAAGCCUUCUUCAAGAAGUCUCAGCUCACUGAUCACGAGAGGGUACAUACAGGAGAGAAACCCUAUGGAUGCAAUAUGUGUGCCAGAGUAUUCUCCAGAAAGUCCAGGCUCAAUGAACAUCAGAGAAUUCAUAAAAGAGAGAAGUCCUGUAUAUGCAGUGAAUGUGGAAAAGUCUUUACUAUGAAGAGCCGAUUGAUUGAACAUCAGCGAACUCAUACUGGAGAGAAACCCUAUGUGUGCAGUGAAUGUGGAAAAGGCUUCCCGGGCAAGCGUAAUCUCAUUGUACAUCAGCGGAACCAUUCUGGAGAGAAGUCCUAUGUGUGUAGUGAGUGUGGAAAAGGCUUCACUGUGAAGAGCAUGCUUAUUAUACAUCAGCGAACUCAUACAGGAGAGAAACCUUAUAUCUGUAGUGAAUGUGGGAAAGGCUUUACCACAAAGCACUAUGUCAUCAUACAUCAGCGAAAUCAUACAGGAGAGAAACCGUAUAUAUGCAGUGAGUGUGGGAAAGGCUUUACCAUGAAGAGUCGUCUGAUUGAACAUCAGCGAACUCAUACUGGAGAGAAACCCUAUGUAUGUAACGAAUGCGGAAAAGGAUUUCCCAGGAAGAGUAAUCUCAUUGUACAUCAGAGAAACCAUACAGUAGAGAAAUCCUAUCUAUGUAAUGAAUGUGGAAAAGGCUUCACUGUGAAGAGCAUGCUCAUCAUACAUCAGCGGACUCAUACAGGAGAGAAACCCUACAUCUGCAGUGAAUGUGGGAAAGGCUUCCCCUUGAAGAGCCGACUGAUUGUACAUCAGCGAACUCAUACUGGAGAGAAACCUUACAAAUGCAGUGAAUGUGGGAAAGGGUUCAUUGUGAAUAGUGGACUGAUGUUACAUCAGCGAACUCAUACUGGAGAGAAACCCUACAUAUGCAGUCAAUGUGGAAAAAGUUUUGCCUUCAAGAGCAAUCUUGUGGUACAUCAUCGGACUCAUACUGGUGAGAAACCGUUUACAUGCACUGAAUGUGGAAAAGGCUUCACCAUGAAACGCUAUCUUGUUGUACAUCACCAAACUCAUACAGCUGAGAAAUCCUACAUAUGUAAUGAAUGUGGAAAAGGCUUUUCCAUGGAGACCGAGCUCAGUUUACACAAGCAAGUUCAUACUGGAGAGAAACCAUAUGCAUGUAAUGAAUGUGGUAAAGGCUUCACUGUGAAAAGUCGCUUAGUCGUUCACCAGCGAACUCAUACUGGAGAGAAACCCUUUGUAUGCAGUGAAUGUGGGAAAGGCUUCUCUUCAAAGAGAAAUCUCAUUGUACAUCAGCGAAUACAUAAUGGAAACAAACCCGAAUAAUAUAAUGAACAUGGUAAUGCCUUCAGGUAGAAAAAGUCUUGUGUAACAUUCCAAGAUUUCACAUAGGGCAGACUUGUUUGUGUAGAAUGAGGGUGGAUAAGUUUUACACACCUUCCAUCUCAUCCAUGAAGGAAUUUACACAGGAGAUGGACCAUAUUAACUCAGUAUGGGAAUGCCCUCAACAUGAAUCAGUCUUUAAAUGAUAUGAUGCACCUAGUGUACAUCAAAGAAUUCAUACAAGGGAGAAGAGACUUUACUCAUUCAGUUAUUAAGGGACCUUGCUGUCCUGUCAGGCUUCAUCAAAAAUAUGACAGUAGCAAUUCUUUGCACAGAAUCUCAACUUAUUACAUAUAAGCAAACUCAUGUAGGGGCAAACUGUGUUAGUACUUGGAACUCAUUAAACAUCACUGUGCUUCUAACACAUAUGAUUAUUUAGCAUAGAGCAACUUGUUCAUAGAUUUUCACCAAUGGGAGAUUGUGGAAUUUGCAUAGGGGUGAAAAUUUAAUGAAUACAGAGAAUGUACUAGUGCCUUAAGUAAUUAACUCACAUAGUAUGUGGAAAUAAACAGAAAAAUACUCUGAUAACAUUUAAGGCAGAAAAGUCUUAAAAAAAGUGUAUAAUUAGACAAAUAUAAACAGGGAGACUAGAAAGGCCUUCCAGGAGAAAAUAAAAACUCUUAACUCAUUAGUGAUCAAAAGAGACCAUCAAUGAACUCCUACAUAGUAGCAACAUAAUGAUCAUAGGAAAGCCAUUACCUGGAAAUAAAACCUUAAUAGUUGUCAGGUAUCUUACUGUGGACAAGAAAGAAUUUCAAAUGGCAAUGAAUAGGGCUGAUUUCAGUAAUAUGUUCUGCUUCUUAUUAUCUGUCAUUAAUGCACCCAGAAAUAAAACUUAAGAACACAUUAAAUGUAGAAUGACUUUUUGCAGAGUGGAUUCUGGGGAUUUAACCCAGGGGCACUUUAUCACUAACUAUAUCCCCAGCCCUUUUUAUUUUUUUGAGACAGGGUCAUACUAAGUUGCUGAGACUGACAUUGUAAUCCUCCUGCCUUAGCCUUGGGAGUCAUUGGGGUUACAGGCGUGCACCACCAUGCCUUGCAAUAGAGAAUGCUUUAGCAAAUUCAGAAAAUCAAUGUAGUAAAGAAGUCUCAUGAAAAUGAUGUCUAUUGGAGGGCUAUCAUGAGUCUAAAGUCAUCAUACUUGAUGUCCAUUUUGAGACAGGAUAACCUGAGUAAUAUCAACUACCCAUAAUUUUAAAGUGAGGUGUUUUAAUCACUAAUUUUAAUGCAUAUAUACAAGAGUGUUACGUGCUCAUCUUGUACCAUAUAAUUAACUCAAGCAUAUUUUAGGCUCUAUUGAUGUAUUUUAAAAGGAAUAUAUUAAUUCUGUAAAUUCAUAUUUAAGUUUAAAGUAGCAUCAAGUAAUUUACAAAAUAUGAUUUUACUAAAAAAUGUUUUGAAAGAAUUUUAGAUUCAUAAGAAAUUACAAAAUGUAUGUUCCUGGGUAGCCUUUAUGCAGCCUCUUUAGUGACAAUUAUCUUAACCAGAAUACACAAAACCAAUUCAAAUGACAUUAGUAUAAUUGCUUUUGUUUUUUUGGUGCUAGAGAUUAAACUCAGGGCCUUGUGCAUACUAAGCAUGCAUUUUAUCACUGAGCCACAUCCCAGGCCUAUAAGUUAUAGACCUUAUUUGGACUUUACUAGUUAUUGUUUUUCGUACCAGUGAUUGAACUCAGGGUCACUUGAUCACUGAGCCACAUCCCCAGCCCUAUUUUGUAUUUAGAGACAGGGUCUCACUGAGUUGCUAUAAGAGCAAAUGCCUCAUAUUUGCUGAGGCUGGCUUUGAACUCUAAUUCUUCCUGCCUCAGCCUCUUGAGCUGCUGGGAUUUCAGGCGUGUGCCACAAAGCUGGCAGGACCUUACUAGUUUUUGCAUAUGUUAAAAUGGUGUGGUUUGGUGUGUAGAGUUCUGAAGAAUGUUGUAUACAUAUACAAAAUUUUGUUUACAUAUCCACAUGUAAAAAGUUCACCACAAUUAGGAUGCCAAACUGUUGUGCCAACACUAGGAAAUGUCACAUCCCCCAACCCAAAGCCAUAGCAACCACCGAUCACUUAACCUCCCUCCAUAACUUUGUCAUUUCACAAAUGCUAUUAAAUUAGAAUCAUACCAUACUAUAACCUUCAUUCACUCAGUAAAUUGCCUUUUAAGAUCCAUCUAAGUUGUUGAGUGCGUUGUGUUAGUAGGAUUUUGUAUGGCUGAACCAUGUUGUUUCUCCACUGUUGACAGACAUUUGAGUUUCCACUGUUUUGCUGUCAUGAAUUCAGAAGCUGUGAACAGCUACGUAUCUAAUUUUGUGUGAACAUUAAGUUUUUAGGUCUCUGCGAUAAACACUGAAGAACACAACCGUUGGUUCAUAAGUGUGUAUUUAUAAGAAACUGUCAAGCUACUUUCCACAGUGUGUACAUCCCUACUAAUGAAGUGUGAGCACUCCAUUGUCCCAUGUCCUUUCUAGCACUUGGAACUGUCACUGAGUUCGCCUUAUUGGGUGUGUGGUGGAAUAUAAUCAUGGUCUUAAAUUACAUUUCCAUGAUGCAAAUGUCUGUCAACACCUUGACAUCUACUAGAAACCAUAUGAGACAAUAAUUUUUUUGUUUCAACCCAAUUUUUAAAAUUCAAAGACAUAGCCUACCAUAUUUGAUAUUUGCCUCUUUUGUUGCUUUUAUUUCAUUCCCAAUGAUACAUUUCCUUCCAUUAUUUCCUCUUUUCCAGAACAUCAAUUUGAAUAAGUCUGCUUGAAAAAAUUCUAGAUUUCCCAGGAACAAGGAUCUUGUUUUCUCUCUCCAGUUAUCUCCCUUGAUAUCAUUAAGUUUAUUUAAUCCAGCUUAUAAAUGCUGAGUCCUCUAAUCAUCUCUGCCAUGUAGAAUUUGGUCCCCAACUCCACGCUGAGUGGAUCCUCCCCUGAGUUUCAUUGUGGUUGGCUUCUGUAUGCUGCAGGCCUUGUUGUCAACACUGGGAACACAUCAAAGAACCAAGCAGGUGAAGUGAUGGCCUUGAUGGAUUAUGAGGAGACGGAAUCCACACAAAGCAAUUAAUCUGGGGGCUGGGGAUACAGCACAGUUGGUAGAGUGCCUGCCUCACAUGCACAAGGCUGUGGGUUCCAUCCCCCAGCACCACCAGAAAACAAACAAAAGCCCCCACAAUUCAGUUGAUAAAAACUAGGAAGAAAUAUAAAGUCUGGUGCAUUCAUUGAUUGUACUCAAAGGUGUAUUUUAGUAAGUUUUCAGGGAAGAGUUUUCUGGGCAGAUGGAAUUGGAGUCAGGACUUCAGUGUAUGGAAAGGAGAUAUAUUUGUAAGUCUAGAACUCUACAGGGUUGUUUCUGUUUUUUCUAGGAUACUGCAUUUCUUUUUUUUUUUUUAAUGUUGGUGGAGAUCAAACUCAGGGCCAUAUGCAUGUGAGGCAAGUACUCUACCAUCUGAGCUAUAUCCCCAGCCCAGGACACUGUAUUUCUAAAAGAAAUUUUCCUGGAGGGAACAUAAUAACGCUAAGAAAUCAAACAAGCUAGAUGUGGUGGCAUAUGCCUCCAAUCUCAACAAUUCAGGAGGCUGAGGCAGGUGGACUUCAAGUUCAUGGCCAGCCCUGGCAACUUAGUGAAACCCUGUUUCAGGAUAAAACUUAAAAGGGCUGGAGAUGUUGCUCAGUAUUACAGUGGCCCAGUUACAAAAAAUAAAUUCCUGUACAGAAGUUAGAAAAUGCAUCUGAGCAAAAUAAAAAAAUCUCAAAUCACCAUAACUGUACCUAGGAAUCAAUAACAAUAUAUUCUCCCCAAAUGUUCAAAUGCAUGACAGUGUACCUUAUAAAGGGAAAUGAGACGAAUCUUAUAUUACUGUGUGGUGAACUUCUGUAUCAAUCAUCUAAAACUAUUUUUCUAAAGCCAAAAUGUUUAUGAUAAAAUAAUUAAUGAUUACAUAUGUUAACUUGAGAAUCGCAAAAGUUUUUUUCUAAGUAAACAAUUAUUCUCUACCUCUAGUACAAAUCCUCAUGCUAUUAAACCAAUCGCAAUUUAAAAAAAAAA